AUGAUUUUAGUCAAUAACACAGAGGAUAAAAAGGAUGGUUAUAUUCGUUUUAUAUGCAUAUCAGAUACACAUGGAAAGACCAAGUUCGAAAUACCUGAUGGUGAUGUACUAAUCCAUGCUGGUGACAUCACAAAGAACAGUCGAAUGACUGAAUUCACAGAGACAAUAGAAUGGUUAGGUUCCUUACCUCACAAGAUCAAGAUCAUUACAGGUGGAAAUCAUGAUGAUUACUUGGAUGAUACAUUCAAUUUUACAAAACACAAACAAACUAUACUUGCACUGAUGGAAAAACAUGGUCUAACUUAUCUGGAGCAUGAAUCAUAUCAACUGCCUGCUGAGUUUGGUUCACUUUGCUUGUUCGUUUCACCCUAUGCCCCUAUUCAUUUAGGUGGUGCCUUUAUGUUGACAGACAUGUCAGAGAUAUGGAAUACCAUACCAGACGCUGUUGAUAUUCUAGUGACACAUACACCUCCAUUUGGUUAUCAAGACAAGGUGACACGGUAUGAUAGACAUGUCGGCUGUCAGUACUUGAUGGAUAAAAUUAAGCGAAUUAAACCUCGAGUGUGCGUCUUUGGUCAUAUUCAUGAAUCUCAUGGGUACACAUUAGAUGGUACAUUGUAUAUUAAUGCUUGUUUGAAUAAUAGUCGAUACAAGCCUGUAAAUAAGCCUAUUACAUUUGAUUUAUUUCAGCCAAGGAAGAAGAAAGUCAUAGACUGGCUGAUCUAUGCAGUCCUACUGUUCCUUGUCUAUCUGUGUAUUCAUGCUUAUAACAACAACAUAAAACCAACAACAACAACAAUAGAGGACACUGUUAAACAUGAUAAAAUAACAACCCAAAAAGCAUACAUUCGCUACAAUCAAAAGCAACCCACACUCACCUUUCAACAGGAUAAUGGAACAACCUACAUGGACUUUCCUUGGUACCAACGAUCUCACACCCGACCUCAAUUCAGACCGAAUAUUGAUCUGCUGUCAACAGACUUAUCGGCCAAGGAUAGACGCAUCUUGCUCGAAAAGGCCAUCUUACAAGCCAAGAAGCUCGCAUUACGAAAGUUUCCUGCUGCUGAAUAUACCACCAUACGAGGCACUAACCUAACAGCAACCCAAACUGCGGCAUUUCGAGAAAAACUGGCAUGCUGGACCAUGGGGCAGUGGAUACGAGAUGAACAGAAUAGCUUUCGAUUGAAGCAUCUGCAGGAACCCAUCUACAGCUCAUGUGACCGCAAGUUCUACAAGACUCAUAAACAAAGCGAGAAACGAGAAGAGACAAAGUAUGUGUGGAAGCCUCAUUCUCAGGCAUGUUCCGUCAGUCGAAAGGUAUCUAGCUCACAUUGGUGUAAAUUGCUGAAGGGUAGAAACAUGCUGCUGGUCGGUGAUCUUGCGCAUUAUCAAUAUCAUGAGCUGUUCUUGGAUACCUUUAGAGAUGAUCCUACUGUUUGCUUUGGUGAAUUGAACUGCAAAGAUCAUACUAUUUGUAAACACAAGGAUACGCGUCUUAGAUAUGUCCGUAACGAUGUCCUGUCUACUAUUCGAAAGUUUCAUAAUCGAGAUCAAGGACAUCCACUAGCCAAUAUUGUAGAAUGGCCAUUUGUCUCUUCCAAUAUGCUUUCAUCUUACCCAAUCCUUAUUCUUAGCCGCACCACUCAAUUAGACGAUAACGACGUUUUGUUUACCAGACGGCUGAUUCACACCAUGAAGAUUAUCCGUGAAACUUCACCUGAUGCUCUUGUUAUCUACCAAAGUUCGUCUAUUGGUCAUCCGUUCUGCCAAGAUGCUGAACGACCUCUUCCAAAGGAAUUAUCAGAUGAUGAACUCAAGCGGCUACCCUACGGAUGGAGUGAGGCCAAGCGUAGGAAUGCCAUUGCUAAAACGAUUGUUGAGGCAUCAGGUGGUAUUUAUCUUGACUUAGCUGCCAUGACAGACCUUAGACCAGAUGGACAUAUUGGUCAAGGUGAUUGCUUAAGAUACUGUAUACCUGGGCCCCUGGAUGCUACCAUGCAGAUAUAUUAUAAUGUAUUUUUAGAAUUGGAAAAGGGAGCUUAA